AUGGGUACUUCUCCUUUCACCUGUGAGACAUGUGGAAAGGCGUUUAAGAGAAGUGGAAAGCUGAGGCAUCACAUGAAGCUGCACAUUAAGUAUGGACCUCCUUUGCCACGCCCACCGCCUGUGCAGACCUCGCCUUCUCCAGUGACCUCAUUUACACGUUCGAAGACUACGCUCACCCACUUCUUAGCCCCGAAUAUCCUGGCUUCCAGCUCUUCCAUGGACACCUACAGCUCUGAUCUUGGUUCUCGCUCCCCUCCUACAGCACCAGGGAUUAUAGUUCCUACGACAAAAACCUCUCCGUCCACCUCCUCUGCUCCUGCUCUACCUGCUCGCAGUCCUGCAGUUGAGGUCCCUAACAUCAAUCCUGGCUGCUCACCUGGCACUGCUACUGGACCCUCAUCUCCUGCCAAUGACUGUCAUCUCCUUGGAGCCGCUGUCACCGUUACCUGCCUCUCCUUCUGCGACUGCAAUCAACGACUUCCCUUCCUGUACCUGCCUCUCUCCAGACGUCUCGUGUUGAAUCUCUUGCUCAGCCGCCUACUCCGGUGUCUCAAGCUCCUCGCUCCGGUCCUUCCGAUGAGGUCACGGAUGGAUCUUCCCACCAGUUCCCGUUGA